GUGGCUUCGACCAGAAAAUCUUAACCGGCGACGAUUCCAGAUAUGGGAUACUCGUCUACUCCCUGACCGACCCGAAGAUUUCUCCGUAUGGGUCCUCAGAGCCUUUUAGGGACCGGUAUUGCUUCCAUGUAUGUUUCUGUCUCCGAUCUUUGCUCCUGUAUGCAUAUCGUUCUUCCGCCUACACUAUUACCGGCCGGGUGCUUAAUGACGAAAGUGCAUGUUUGUGGACUGCCUUAUUUGUUGCUUUUCUGGGAGAUGAACACUAGUUGAAUUCUCCAUCGCUCCGCCUUGACGCCUAUCCCCCAGCACCUCGACCAGCACCUUCCAGCCGCGCCCAUGUCCAGCAUGCCUUUCAUUGGGGCCAGAGGAAUUUGGCACCGUGCUUGUCCUCUCAUGCUACUGUGCGGCGUUCAGUCCGUUUCUCCGACGGCCCCGGCCUCUUUGCGGCUAUGGUGUGGUUGCGAGAAGGCUCAUCAUUUUUGUUUCGGCCAGAAUGCUGGGGUGCUGACGAUUUGUUCCUGGGACAUGUUGCCAUUCCAUCGUUGUGCUUGAAGAGAAUUGUACCCCACAUAUCAGUCAACCCAUCCUGAACGAUUAGUAGAGUCAGCUGAGGGUGCCGGUCUCGGUCACAACUUUCAGGCGUCUGUUUACAUUCAGACUGUCGUCACCUUCUUGACCCUGUCGAAGUUCCCAAGGU